AUGCCCAACAACCCUAACACCAUAUCUUACACAUUUAUCUUGACGGCCCACAUUGUCACAUUUGACAAUUAUGGCGUCAGUAGCCACAUCAACCAUCGUGCAGUGUUCGCAUCCGUCACCGAGCUAGCCAUUGCACUAUGCAAGAAAUCACUUGCGCCAGGAAGCACGACAAAGGCACCCCAGCUUUUCACCGUCAAGUCGGUUUUCGUAGUCCAGAAGUAUCUCGCCCUGUUCGACCUGCCCCUGUCAUUCAUCAGGCUUGUACCCUCACUCGUCCAAGGCCCUUUGCAGCAGAACAACGCUGCACUGAACCCGCUCACCUAUGACCCGAAGAACCAGAAAAGCACCCGGGAGAGUGAGCGGCAACGGGUCGCGCUUCCAGCCGGCUUCGAGAAAAGAAUUCUUGGGACUUACCCUUUGCGAGAGGAGGAGGUCAAAAACGAGCAAAGGUCCAACUUUGCUGGUCACAACGUUCCUGUUGUCAAGCGGGUGCCCGCUCAGCUCUUCGGUGGUACCUUGGGAUUGCUCCACCCUUCAUCCGCCGCAACCAAAGAGAAGCAGGCAUCUGAACGGCGCAAACAUAGACCCACCACCAAGCAAGCUUCUUUGAUUGCUAUCCCGGUCAACCAAGCGCCUGUAGACUUCUUGGCGGAUCCCAACAAGUAUUCAUCAACACUUUUCAUUGCUGGUAUUAAGCAAUGUCCCAUCACUUCUCUGCACCCUUUUGGUACCUUAGUCGAGGAGCUUGGCCCCAUCGGUGACAUUGAGGUUGAACCCGAUUCUCUGCUCAAAAACUGUAACUUCACCUUGGAGGAAUUCUCCAAGAAUGUUGUCAGUUUCUUGCUGCCGUUGCCGUGGACCAUCCCCAAACGUGAAUAA